CAGAAGCAGGUGGGCGUGAGCGAAGGAUUAGCGACAGAUCGGGCUCUGUUAAAUUGGACGCUGAUAUCUAUAUAUUUUAAUAAGAGAAUAACGCACAAGUGUCGCGAUGGUGUCGCACUCGCUGGCUCUACCGAUGAUCUGUUUCACCACGCUGUGGGGUCUGGUCGGGGUCGUGGCCCCGUUUUUUGUACCGAAAGGACCAAACAGAGGAGUCAUCAUCACCAGUUUGGUGCUGACCGCAGUUUGCUGCUAUUUAUUUUGGUUAAUAGCCAUACUGGCCCAAACAAACCCUCUAUUUGGACCUCAGCUCAAAAACGAGACCAUAUGGUAUCUGCGCUACUUCUGGGAGUAGAUGGAGGUGUCAUCUGGAAGAUUAAAGCCACUAUCAUAAUCAAUAAAACCCACAGAAUAGUCAAGGAUCGACUCCAAGGGAACAAUAUUGGUGUUAUGAAACAUGUUUAAUGACUUAUUUUGUUUAAACUGAACAUGUUAUGUAGUUUAUGCAACGUAAAGAAUAGAAAAUGUGAAAUGAUAUCCAUGUACAAAGAAACGUAAUAGUGCUAUUCUUGUGAUGUUUAAAGAAUUA